CCAAUCAAGUUCAGAAGCAGUUGGCCACAAGGCGCGUGCGCAGUAACGUCCUCAGCUGCUCUUUACUCCCGUUUAUGUAUUUCGGGGUCGGGGAAAGGCGUGCGUAUCCGUUUAAAAGCAAAGCUGUUUAGGGACCGUCAACAGAACUGGUAAUUACACGAGAUCGCGAAUACUCGUCAUCCAACAGGCAUUUGCUAAGUACCCGGUAUAUGCCAGGCACUAAUCUGGGGUCUGCUACCUAAGCCAGCAGUCCAAGUCUGAUCGUCAGGCAGUGAUCAGCUUCCCACCACCCAACCCCAUGCCUAACACACUGCCCUGUGCACACUAGACGUUCCGAACAAGUCAAGCAACCGACUGUGUAAAGGCCUCUUGGAACUCUUGCCCGGGUGCUGGAGCUGUUGACUUGCAGAGACUCUGCUAUACGAAUGGCAGCGGCGGCGGCGGCUACUGCUGGUGGUGCUGGACUCGCGGUUUCCACAGGAUUGGAGACAGCAACGCUGCAGAAGCUGGCGCUUCGGCGGAAGAAAGUGCUGGGGGCCGAGGAGAUGGAGCUGUACGAGCUAGCUCAGGCUGCUGGCACCGCCAUCGACCCGGAUGUGUUCAAGAUCCUGGUGGACUUGCUGAAUCUGAAUGUGGCUCCCCUUGCCGUCUUCCAGAUGCUGAAGUCCAUGUGUGCUGGGCAGCGGCUGGCAAGCGAUCCCCAGGACUCGGUACCCAUAUCUCUGUCUACAUCCACUUCAGAGACCCGAGGAAGAAACCGAGGUGGCCCCAUUCUUGGCAAUGUGACCAUAUCGGCAGAACGUGGAAGCCGUGAAAGACCCAUCCAGAGGAUGCCACGCCAGCCCAGUGCGACUCGGCUGCCCAAGGUGGGAGGAUCUGGAAAAAGUAACUCCCGAAGCAGCCCAUAGGCUGGAACAGAGGCUGCACUUGACACAGUUUCAAGGCAGAUGCUAUCCACCUUCACUCCUUAAACCCUUCUGAGGAACUGAAUGUCUGUAGCUUUUUGAUACUAUUAAAAAAUUUAGAUUUAGAACGA